AUGCCUGCGCACUUUCGAGCAUUAGGAUCACAAACACCUUCGCUCUCAUUCGUCACUGGCGUCGGGGGCGGCAGAAUGGCCAAGGGCAAGGGCGCCAUCCUGGUGAAGCUGCUGUCGGCGGCCAACACGGGGUACUUUUACGUGAAGCGCAAGAACCCUCGCAAGAUGCCGGACAAGCUGGCGUUCAUGAAGUACGACCCCAUUGUCAAGAAGCACGUGCUCUUCACCGAGACAAAGCUCCGGUAG